CUUGUAGACCAGGCCAGCUUGCCUCUGCCUCCUGCCACCGCCCGGCUCAGCCAGUUGUCUUUUAAGGAAUUGGUGCCUGCUCUCUAGGCAGCCCCUCAAACACCACCAGGCAACUAGCUGGACUGAGUGAGUAAGCUACCGCCCCGGAAAUGACGCGCUGCCCCGCUGGCACUGGCGGUGCGGAAGUAGCGAUGGCGGAGCUUUACGUGAAGCCGGGCAACAAGGAACGCGGCUGGAACGACCCUCCACAGUUCUCUUAUGGGCUGCAGACUCAGACUGGUGGACCCAAACGCACGUCCCUUACUAAGAGGGUCGCGGCCCCGCAGGAUGGAUCCCCUAGAGCCCCAACUUCAGAAACUUCUGGACCACCUCCAGUGGGUCAUCCACCUCCUUCAAGUAAGGCUUCCAGGCCUCCACCUAUGGGAACUUGUCCUGCUACUGGUGUGGAGCUCCAAACUUCCCCAGUCACGGAGUCUGAGGUUCCGAUGGAAGAUGUACUGAGACCUCUGGAACAGGCGUUGGAGGACUGCCGUGGCCACACAAAGAAACAGGUGCAUGACGAUAUCGGCCGACGCUUGGCACUGCUUCAGGAACAGUGGGCUGGAGGGAAGUUGUCAAUACCUGUAAAGAAGAGGAUGGUACUACUAGUGCAAGAACUUUUACACCACCAGUGGGAUGCAGCAGAUGACAUUCACCGCUCACUCAUGGUUGACCAUGUGACUGAGGUCAGUCAGUGGAUGGUGGGAGUUAAAAGGUUAAUUGCAGAAAAGAGGAGUGUGUCUUCAGAGGAGGCCAAAGAAGAGACACCUACAAUGGCACCUGAGAACCAGACAGUACCAGGCUUCCAACAGUCUUCAUAAUCCUGGGGCCUCCCCAGACUCACUCAAAUGAUCUAUGCCUCGGUGUGGAAGGCCUCUUCUCGCUUGGGUCCCAUUACCACCAGGGAGACAAUCGUGUUGGGCCUGACCAAAGAUCCUACCUGGGCCACUUGCAAGAUAACUUGUUACUCAUAAUAUGUAUAUUUCAAUAAAAAUCUCAAUGGUGGGAAGUGGGUAGGAAAGGUGA